AUGGAUCCAGAAGACCACCACUCUACACCGUCGCAAUCGCCGGAUCUGCGUCAAGUAUUAGUCCUCCGUCCACCUCCUGUCUUCUCUGUCCACGAACAAUACUUCUCAAAAUUCCAGAUCCUGAAAGCAUACGACUCGCCAUUACCUACUCUCGACUUCCUCCACGCCCACGCGCAGUCGGUUAAAGUCGUACUAUGCUCCGCCAUACAUCCAAUCACGGCGGAUGUGAUCCGGAAACUUCCAGAACUCCAACUCGUUGUCUCUGCCGCCACCGGUGUCAACCAUAUCGAUAUGGCGGAGUGUGGCCGGCGUGGAAUUAGAGUGACUAACGUCGGAGAUGUGUUUUCUGAUGAUGUAGCCGACGGCGCUGUAGGGCUUUUGGUGGACGUGCUGAGGAGAAUUAGUGGCGGAGAUAGGUUUGUUCGCGGUGGUAGUUGGCCAGAUGCAGGAGCGUAUCCUCUUAGUUCCAAGUUAGGAGGCAAGAAAGUAGGGAUUGUUGGCCUUGGAAACAUUGGGUCAAGAGUUGCUACAAGGCUAGAAGCCAUGGGUUGCAUAGUCUCGUAUACCUCGAGGCAAAGAAAACACUCUACUUCCUUCAUUUUCUAUCCAGAUGUUUUCCAACUUGCUUCCGAAUCUGACGUCCUCAUCAUCUGUUGUGCGUUGACUGACGACACGCGUCAUAUGAUCGACAGCAGAGUCAUGAGUGCGUUAGGCAAAACAGGGGUCAUCGUGAACGUGGCCCGUGGGGCCAUCAUUGACGAGGCAACGUUAGUGAAACGCUUGGUGGAAGGUGAGAUUGGAGGUGCUGGUUUGGAUGUUUUUGAAAACGAACCAAACGUACCUAAAGAGUUGUUUGGAAUGGACAACGUUGUGCUUUUACCUCACAGAACUGCUUUCACAAAGGAGGCGUUUCAUGAUGCUGCACAGAUUUUGAUUGCUAACUUAGAAGCGUUUUUCACAAACAAAAGUCUGUUAAAUCCAGUUGCCAAUGAAUUCUAG